AUGGCAGCGAUCACAGACUUAGGUUUUAUGUACUGCUGGUUUAAGAACUGUAAUCUGGUUCGCAACCUUUCAGAGAAGUAUGUCUUCAUUACAGGCUGUGACUCUGGCUUUGGAAAUGUACUGGCCAGACAGCUGGUUGAAAGAGGCAUGAGAGUGCUGGCUGCUUGCCUUACUGAGGAAGGGGCUCAGAAACUUCAGCAGGAGACAUCCUACAGGCUGCAGACGAUCCUACUGGACAUUACUAAGACUGAGAACGUCAAGGCUGCGGCUCAAUGGGUGAGGGACCAAGUGGGUGACCAAGGCUUGUGGGCCCUGGUGAACAAUGCUGGUGUGGGCCUGCCCAGUGGUCCCAAUGAAUGGCUGACCAAGGAGGACUUUGUAAAAGUGAUCAAUGUGAACUUGGUGGGAACGAUUGAUGUGACCCUUCACAUGCUGCCUAUGGUCAAGAAGGCUCGGGGCAGGGUGGUCAACAUGUCCAGCUCUGGUGGUCGUGUGGCUGUCAUUGGUGGUGGCUACUGCAUCUCCAAGUUUGGCCUUGAGGCCUUUUCUGACAGCAUCAGGCGUGAGAUGCACUACUUUGGGGUGAAGGUCAGCAUCAUUGAGCCAGGGAACUACAAGACAUCCAUUGCGGGCGUGGAGCGCAUUAAUGCAAUAAUGGAAAAGCUGUGGGAGCGGCUGCCUCAGGAGACCCGAGAGAGCUAUGGAGAGGAGUACUUCCGCAUCUAUACAUACAAGUUGAAGAACAUGGUGCAGCUGGCAGAACCGAGAAUCACUAACGUCAUCAAUAGUAUGGAGCAUGCCAUUGUUUCCCGGACUCCCCGUAUCCGCUACAGCCCUGGCCUGGAUGCCAAGCUCCUUUACCUUCCCUUGGCAAAGUUGCCCACCCCUGUGACAGAUUUCAUCCUGAGCCGGUACCUUCCAAAGCCAGCAGACAGUGUCUGAGCUGGGGAAGUUCCAGGGGCACAAGAUGGAAAGCACAACAUGGGGAGAGAGAAAGGAUUGCGGUGGUGUCAGUCAUCCU